AUGAGUAACGGAUAUGGAAACGCUGGCUUCUUUGGGGGCCGGCCAGCUACCACCGGAUUCGGUGCCACUCCGCAGCAGACGCCCUCAAGUGGUUUUGGCGCGUCUAGUACUGGAGGGUUCGGCAAUACUCUUGGGGGCGGAGCAACCGGUGGAUUUGGACAGCAAGCAAACACGGGCGGAUUUGGCGCCACGAACAAUGCCUUUGGCGCAGCUAAGCAAAACACUGGCGGGUUUGGAGCCGCAGCUACAGCCUCUCCCUUUGGUGGCGGAGGUGCGACGGGUGGAUUCGGUCAGACCGCCAACCAGGGCACCUCAGGGUUUGGGGCAAAUACCGGUACAUCUGCAUUUGGGGCAGGUGCAUCAAGCGGCUUCGGUUCUACUUCUACCGGAUUUGGUGCUGCUACUCAAAACACUGGUUUUGGGGCAACCGCCACGCCUGGGUUCGGUGCUCAGUCAUCCACUACCGGAGGGUUUGGCAGCGCUACUACUGGAGGUUUUGGCAAUGCCGGAGGCUUCGGGGGGGGUAUGGGAAUGACAGGCCAGACGCAACCCGGUACGGGCCACACGCCCUUUCAGCAAACCGAGUUUAUUGACGGCCAAACUAAGUUUGUACACACUAACCUGUGUGCCAUGAAGGCUUACGAGAACAAGUGUAUGGAGGAGUUACGCUACGAGGAUUAUCAGGCAGAACGCAAAGGCGGAGGAGGUGGUGUAGUUACAGGUGCUACUGGUGGGUUCGGGGCAUCGACGGGAGGUUUUGGACAAACUCAGUCUUCUACCCUAGGUGGAGGUACGGGGGGCUUCGGUUUUGGGCAGACGGCCACCCCAGCCGCGUCCAAUACAGGCUUUGGGUUUGGGGCAAGUACACCAGCACAAAACACGGGCGGAUUUGGCGGUGGUGGGGGCUCUAUAUUUGGACAGUCGGCCUCUAACACAUCCAAUCUUGGCGGGUUUGGACAGUCGAACACACAGUCAGGGACUACAGGCGGUUUUGGUUUUGGACAAAACCUGCAAGUGCCGCAAACCAAUGCCUUUGGAGCCAAAACGUCUGGUUUUGGUACCCCUGCACAGGGCACGACGGGUACAUUUAAUACUGGAGGGUUUGGAGCUUCACAACCAGCCUCGACCAAUGCCUUUGGCGGCGGUGGGGGCUUAGGCGGCUUCGGUAGCAACACUGCACAGCCGGCAUCUACUGGAUUUGGUGGGUUUGGAGCAGCAAAGCCCGCAGAAACAACUGGUGGGGGUGGUGGGUUCGGAGGUUUCGGAAACACAACCCAACCCUCUACCGGGUUGGGCGGCUUUGGCGCCGCGCAGCCACAACAAACAACAACUGGUUUCGGUGGUUUCGGGGCGGCUCAACCCGCGGCCACAGGCGGGCUAUUCGGUAGUCAGAACACUCAGCAGCAACAGACUGGGGGCUUGUUUGGAGCGCAGCAACCAGCCCAGCAAGGCACGAACCUAUUUAGCGGCAACAAACCAGGCGGUCUAACUCUGGGUGGUGCUGCUACUAACACAGGCGGGUUCGGAGCCACACAGUCAACCGGCGGCAUGUUUGGCAACAACCAACAACAACCGGCACAGGGAGGCUUAUUUGGCGCGCAACAGAAUAAGCCCACAACACUCGGCUUUGGGAACAACACCGGAGGGUCCUUAUUUGGUGGAACGGGUGUGGGCGGCACCACUCAGCAACCCGCCCCGUUAGGGACAAUGGGCGGGGGCUUAUUUGGCGGCAAUACGGGUGCUACAAACACUAAUUUCUCACAAGGUGGAAACACGACCGGUGGGUUUGGAACGGGUAGUACUAUGGGCGGGUUCGGAACUGCGGGCGCGACACAGCAGCAGCAGCAGCAACAACAGCAGCAACAGCAACCCCCUGGCACUAUGUCUGCGCAGCAGGCGGGUCAGCUUUUGACGAGUACUACCUCCUAUCCCGUUCUGGACAUGGCUCGCAAGCAGGCGCUGAGAAACAAACAACAAGCCGCUGAACAGAGAAAAGCGAAAGAAGAGACGCGCACAUCCUACGCUCCGUCUUUCUACGUUUAUACAGCACCAGCUGCACAUCGGGUGCGCGCGCGCGUCUUCGACGACGAUGAGGACGCCGAUAGAUUGCGCCAGGGCAGUUUCGGCCCUAAUUCAUCAAGUUCAGGUGCAGGCCCCCAGCCACAGCAGGCUCUGCUGACAAAUGGGUCGACUGGCGGUUCGGGUGGCGGUGGUAGAGGACAUAGACAGUUCUUGCGCUUAAAACUGGACCGGGAUCCCGUGAGAGCCGUCGGUAAUGAUACGGAAGAGGUGGCUCGGGUAGAGUACAGCGUGCGUGACCCACAAGAUGAGGGGCCAGCAAUGAUCACACGGUCGCCGCCGCGUCAAGCGCUGAACGGACGCUACCAUGACUCAUCCUUCCAGGCGAGCGGGGGCGGUACAGGCACGUGGAUGGGACCAGACGGCUGUAGUGCCGAAGGACGCCUGGACGAUGCCCAUAUCAACGGCAUAGUUAACGGCAAAAAUGCCAUAGAUAACGACCGAAAUGCCACAGAUACACCGUUCCGGAAGACACAGGACACCCACACGGAGGACGUGGAGGCAGACGGGCCACGCAAUGACCGAAACAUUGCCGACACCCGUGCGAGUGGCUCUGACGAGGACCCUGAGAGUAAGCACGCACAUACCCACACACAAACACAGGCACAAGCACACACACAGACACAUACAUCGCCCGCUCCGUUCACGAUCAGUGAGGGGGCUCUGCUGGACACACGUCCAAGUGUGGAGGAGAUGGCCGAGAUGAGCUCCAGGGCACUGCAGCGGGUGGACGACUUCACUUUGGUGCAUGCACAUGGCAAAGUGGUGUGGAAGCACGCCGUGGAUGUGACUAGCUUUGCUGAGCUGCACAAGGGAAAGCCUCUGGACUCGUUGGUCUACUUUGAGCAUGGCGCGUGUGAGGUGUACGAUGCUGAUCGGGUCAAUGACCCAGAGUUUGUGAAACCGGCUAAGGGUAUGGGCCUGAAUGGCCCCGCGCGAAUAACUUUGUUCGAUAUCUGGCCCAAGCGCCAACCUAACGAGCCGGAAGACAAACCACGAGUAUUCGACGCUGCUUCAAAGGCCAAGUGGGAGAGAACACUUGCCCGCAAUUGCAAAGCGCACGACAUGUUCAACUACACUUACGACUGGGACUCUGGUCGAUGGAGUUUCGAUGUUAACCACUUCAGUCGAUACGGAUUGUUUGAGAGUGACGUGAGCGAUGAUGAGAUGGAGGAGACACGGAUGGGUGACGAUUCUAAAAACAGAAUGGCCGCUAAAAAUAGAACUGCGGCGAACACAGGCAGUGCCUUGCACGCACAGCAACGGAAUGUCAGGGACACGUCGAGCAGCGGUGCAAUGGACAGUUCGUCGCAUCGGGCCAUGGGCGACAUGUUUGACAGUCAAGACGAGGAGAUGUCAGGUCCAGGGGCCGAUCCAGAGGAUGACCUGGAUGAUAUGAAUAUGGCCAACGACGCUGAUGAUGAUGUACAGCCCACGGAUCCCCAGCUACCUGCCUGGCGCAGAAAUGUCCUCAACCUAACUAUCAAUGGGGAACGCUCGCGCCCGCAGUAUGCACUCAAUUUAGACGCCCAGAGAGUGCAGCAGAAAAUGUACACUGUACGAGGGGACGCGGACGACAAUGCAUGUCCAGAUGAUUACGCAGACACCACGGAAGUGGACAGGAGGCUCAGGCGGAGAGUGGGUGACAGCAGGAGUGCGGAGGAUACCAUGGCUUUCGCGCCCGAUGCCCCGAGGGUCGAUCCCAACUCCACCGCCGCAGGCACCACGACGUACACACCGCGCAAGGUGGACCAGCCGUUCACCAACCCUGUGUCACCCAGAGCGGGUGUGGAUAAACAACACCUGUUCGAUGGUCAGACCAUGCAGACUAUCCUCACAAGUGCACGGGAGGGUGCUGACACACGUACACAUACGGCUGUGGCGCCUGUGGGUGACGGAGAUGCACAGAAUACCCAGCGAGCUAUGCAGAGGGGCUAUUCGCAAGCACGAUCCUUUAGAGUGGGAUGGGGCCGCAACGGAAUGCUGGUUUGCCCAGUGGUGUUCCUCAGCAAAGUGCUCGUGCGAUCAGACACCACCUACACCGCCCCCGCCAAUAGCAAGCUGAAGCUAACCACCGCGGACGGGAGCAAUUCUCUUAAUAGCGUUAACAUCAAUACCGGUGCUGAAAGCGGGACGGGUAGCCGCGGUGAACGGGAUUUGCCGGUAGUCGACUCUCCCGCGGGCAACCCGUUUAUCAAUGGAGUGACGGUAUCCAAGAUUGUUGUGGCACCCAUUUUCAGCCUCAAUGUAACAAACGCGCAAAACCCGGUUGUUGCGAAGGAUAAGCGCAAUUCAUCGAGCACCUCUCUUCCCAGUCGAUGCUGUAUGUGCCGGUCUAACACCGACUUGGACUUAGAGAUGACCACUCGAGAGAGGCAGUGGUAUGAAGACUACACGCCCGUUAUCGAUCCAUUGCGGGAAAUGCGUGUGCGCGUUUGUAAGAAGUGCAUACUUGCCCAGCGAUCGAGUGCCGUGGAUCUUCUCAGCACGCAAUACAAGCUGUAUCUUCAAAAGUCUCUGUUGGUCUCAGACUCCCGGCUGCAAUUGCCCGUUAUAAAGGCCCCUCAGGCCGCUGAUAUGGUACACGAAAUAGUUCACGCCUUGGAAUCGAGAACGCAGGAAGCUGACAUGUACGCACACACCAGCCACGGCGACAAGGACAGUGUCAUCGAUGACCAGCACGAGAGCGUAGGCGAGAGUACCGAGCAAUGGAUGUUGGUGUGGACACUGGUGGACGCCUUGUGGCUUCUUCUCCAUCCCUUGGAUACGGUUGCUACGGUACCUCAAUCGGGUAGUAGUCAGAGUAGCGAUACCUCGAGUGAGGAGACGAAGUAUGCACACAUGCGACGGCUAUCAUGGAACCAGCGAGUGCAGCUGACGCGAUGGCUCAAGCGCGCAGUGAAGAAAGAGGUCCGCCGCAGUGUAGAUUCUGCCAGGGCUGCUGAUGAUCGCAUGAGUGAGGUAUUUGCCUUACUGACCGGGUGUGAGAUAAGCGAGGCCACCGCUGUCGCACGCGCCAACCGAGACUACCGCUUAGCCACACUGGUGGCACAGGCGAUGGGCUCAGUCAAAGCAGCUACACACGUACAGUGCCAACUGCAGACAUGGGUGGACCACAGUUAUGUGAGCCACCUGGGCACGCAGGGACAGGGACAGGCGCGUGCCAAGCAGAUGAUCACGGCCCAAAGAUGGAAGGUGAUGCAGCUGCUGGCGAGAGACACGAGUCCCACGAGUGAGGUGGAUGGAUCACGCUACUUUGACGCAUACAAUGUAUGCGAUCGCCUGAGUUGGAAGCGAGCGUUCGCAGUGCAGUACUGGUAUGCGUGCCCACCCAACGGUGACCUCAGAGACGCACUCCACAGCUACGACCAACGGUGCGCUGAGGAUACGACACGCACACUCUCCCCAUUGGCGCCGCAUCUGGCCAACUCAGGACACCAAAAUGGUCAGCUGGACAUUCUGUACCAUCUGAUGUGGCUAAGGCAGGACGGACCCAAACCCACCGAUGUGAUGCGUAACAUUCUCAACCCACAGUCGUACGCUGUGUCGCAGCUAGACCACACACUCGGCGCUUCCUCUCAACUGGCCUUCCAGCUGCACUGUGCGCUGGUUAGUUUAACCAACUCCAACAAUCAAACAUUAGGAUACGAUCAAUUAGUGGACGUUGCUCAGUAUCACACCUUAAUCCGCAUUGUUGCUGGUGAACUCGAGAUGAUGGGCUUAUGGCAGUGGGCAGUGUUUGUUCUGCUGCACAUGCCUGGCUAUGCUACGGACAACAGUGUGCAUGAUGACCUGGACCAUUCUGCUGAAACACGAUCCAAAGUGUUUCAAUCGCAGACGAUCUUGACUAGCGUCUCUUCCAACAACCUCUGCCCCUCAACUCACAGCACUACUAGAAAACAAAUGGACCGAGCAGUGCAUGAUCUAUUGCACCGUAACAUCGGAGACGGCGUCCAAUCAGAUCUCGUACAACCGGUAAUGGAGAACAUCCCGCAAGUGUGGGUGGACGAGGCAUGGGCAUUACAGGCGCACUACAAUCAAGACGUAUACCAAGAAGCGCGCUACUAUAUCAAGAUGGGGCCCUCGUGCGAGUUCCUGUCCAAUCGUCCGGGCAACGCCACAUAUGACAGCAUCGCUGUACGGAUACAACAGCCAUGGCUCAGUAAUCCAUUGUCACGAUGUCUCGAGCUCAUAAGCCUAGACUGCAUCCCCGCAGCCGUGAUAGAGCUGGAUAUGCAGUUGCAGGAUGUCCUCACGAGGCUGCACGAGUGGGUGGAGCAGGAGAAGGCCACUUCCCCGAACGCUACCUCUGUGGUACACGAGUGGCACCGAGUGGGUAGCGUAUAUCACUGGUACUUAUGCGUAGUCAACCACCUAACCCACGACUGGGGCACCAAAGUCAUCGCCAAAGCCCGAGAGUCUGGCAGCACCCAAGAGAUGGCUGACUUGCAACGACAGUUGGCCACACGGCUGAAGCAGAUUGCGGAACUUAACCUGAACCACCACACCAGGCACUACAGACACAAUAACCACAUGAACAAUUGCAACAAUGCGAGCGCUGACGAUAGCCGGGCCAUCAGGCAAGGCGAGGCGUUACGGAUUAUGCUCACCCGCGCGGCUGACAGAUAUGAGGAUCUCGCAGCUGAACUGCAAAGUGGCCCGCCACUCGAAGCAAUAGUCCCUGCGGAUGUAUUGAUACCUCUUGUCUCGGCUAAUCGUGGAACGCGAAUGGUGAAUAGACUUAUAUCCCAGUACUUAGAUGACUACGAGUGCUGA